AGGGCCCUGUUUCACCGUUGAUAGCAGCAUGCUACUAUCAAAUUGCGCGAGCUGACGUAAUGUGAUGAGGUCACACUUAUGACGUUUCGUGUAAUCUGUGAGCUGCGUUUGGAACAGAGUUGCUGUUUCGUUGAAUGCGAUGUGUUUGAUCGCACGACCGUGAAGCUGUUGGCAGCAAUGUUUGAUGACAUCACACAGAUUGACGGCGUCAUGGUUUGCUGAUGUUUCCGUGGAAACCCAAUUUGACACGUGUGAUAGCAGCGUGCUGCCAUCACCGGUGAAACAGGGCCCAGAAUAGCAUGGUCUGUGUUGCACAUAUUGAUGCUGAAGCUAUACCUACAAAUGUCUUUCAGAUAACCUACUGAGUGUUCACAUUCAUCACAAAUGCAGUCAUUCUCCGGUAUAUUACAUCUGAUGUGCUGGGCAUCAUCAAUGUCAGUUGCUGACGGAGGGCGAGCGCUACCUGAUGACCGCCUUCCACCUGCUCGACUUCUCCGAGCAGGGCCUGUACGACGUGGUGGCCAACCUGGGCAGCCUGGCGGCCCGCUUCCUCUUUCAGCCAGUCGAGAAGAACGCCUACGUCUACUUCUCGCGCACAGUGGAACGGGGAAAGCCGGUGUCUGCCGCGGCGGGCCGGGUUCUGCACGACCUGCUGCGCGCCAUGAGCCUGCUCGGUCUGGUUGCCGUCACGUUCGGCUGGAGCUACCCCCCCCCCCCCCCCUGCUGCUGCGGCUGUACGGCGGCGCCCUGCUGGCCGCCGGUCCGGCCGUCAGUUUGCUGCGCGCCCAGUGCGCCUACGUGCUCCUACUGGCGGUGAACGGAGUGCUGGAGUGCUACACGUUCGCGGUGAUGCGCCAGGAACAGAUCAAUGGGUAUAACCGGAAGAUGGUGCUGCUAUCUGUGAUAUUCGUCAUCUCGACAGGGAUCUUUACUAGGCUAUUCGGCGGGGUUGGAUUUAUCCUCGCCAACUGCGUCAAUAUGCUGACCAGGAUAUACGUUUGUUACCGGUUCGUGGCCGGUCUGCCGCUGGAGCCGGCGGUGUCCGUGCCGCCGCUACUCGGUCUCCGCCCGCCGCCCGCCGUGGCUGCCGCGCUGGUGACCGCCGGCCUGCUGGCAGCCGGCUCCGAGAGCUGGCUGUACCCCAGCUCCGCCGCCGCCCAUGUGGCUGUGGGCGCGCUCUGUGGGGCCGCCGUGGUGGCCGCGGCGGUGUACAGCGAGCUCCGCCUCCUCCAGGCGGUCAGGGAGCGGGUCGGGGAUAAACUGAAGCGCAGCUAGCGGGGAGUGCUACUCACAUGGUCAUGCAGGGAAUAGGUUUGUUUUGUUGUGAUAUUUAUGUGCAUUUUGGGUUGAAUAUACACCGUGCCUGUAAGUAGAGUGGAUGUAUCAAUUUUAAGACUAGUGCGACUGCAGGGGGCGUUGUGGCUAUCGCCCAUUUGAGAGCUGGACAGUGCUUGAAAGCAACUUCCUACCCAUGAAUUUUGGCAUUCAGAUCCUAAUUAUAGCCAUCUGUGAUGAACGAUGCAGGGGAUGCAGAAAAUCGAUGCAGAAAAUCGUGGCCGGUUAGCGUCUGGUGGGGCUUGUAGGCUAAUGAUGGGCACGACCGGGUGCUGUAUGCUAUAUGUGGUGACAGCAGCGUUCCUGAGCGUCAGGUGUAUCUCUUGCUCUGAAGUCCAGAAGUCCUUAUCGUUCUUGUGCAUUCACUUUGUCAGUGCCUGAUGUCAGUGUCAGUGUUUGUCAGUGUUUCAUUCUGUAGCAGACAUGCAGUCAUAUUUGGUUAAAUAGAACCUUGCAGUCUGA